AUGGUGGGAGUUCCUGGACGAUCAAAGGCAUGCCUCACGUGUCGAAAAAGGAAGAAGGGGGCGGCAAUAGAGUCUCGAGAAGCAGACUCGGUGGCAACGAAGCGGAAUCCUCCAUCAAAUCGUAUAGUCACGUCGUCUGCCUUCCUGACACAUCAGCGUCAUGUCAAGUCUCAAGCCAUCGAGAUCACUCUCCCUGGAUCUCUCUGCAGGACUGCCAGAGAAGAGAAGUAUAUCUCCCUCUAUUGGGACUUGUUCUUGCCCAGGUGCCGGAAUCCAGUCGCCUCGAGGGAGUGGGCCAAAUCCUCUCAAAGCCUGCUCCGAACAGAACCAGCUUUGAAAUCUGCGGUGCUGGCUGUGAGCCUCGCAAUGCUUGCUGAAAAAGAGAACUGUCAACGGAUGAGGGAAGAGGGCGUGAGGGCGUAUGGGAGGGCACUCCUAGAAGAGACCGCCGCGCUCAGGUCACCUUCCCGAGUCAAGAGCGACGCAGUAUUGCUUGCAAGCAAAUUCAUGACCACGUAUGAGAUGUUGUUCGGUGGGAGGACUGGGAAUCUCUUGGAUCUGUCGCACCGGUGGCGCUCGCACAACCUUGGGUCGUUGGCCAUCAUGGAGGCGAGAACGCCAUGGAGUGCCAUCGAAGGGGACGGCCACCAUAUUUUCCUGGAUAGUCGAUUGUUCUGGAUUAUCGACGGGAUCAAACAGCGCAAGCGGACACCGCUGAGCCGGCAGGAGUGGAAGACUGUUCCUUGGUUGAUACAUCCAAAGCAGCCAAAGGACAUACUUAUGGACAUUUUCGUCGAAGUUCCCGGAUUCCUGGAAGAUAUCGACAGAUGUGAAAUCCUGACCGACCUUAAGACGAAACAUGAGGAGUACGAGCGGCUCAUAGCCAUCUGCCUCGACCUUUACGCCCGUCUACAGGAGUGGUUCAAUGCUCUACCGCCGGAGCAAAGAUAUGUGGACACAUCUGGUCUUGAAAUGGAAGAUGAAAAAGCAAUUGAAGCCUUGCCAGACAUGUACACAAUGCUGCUGUACUGGUCGAUAUGUCUGUACCUUUUCAACGCCAUGCAGGUGCACAGUCGGCGCAGGCCAGCUGAUGUACCGCCUUUCCUCCCUCAGGAUGCUAUGGACCUUGGCCAAUACGUCAGCAACAUGAGUCGGCUCAUGCCGUUCUUCUUCAACCCCAACGCAGGCAAAGCCAACCUCAUGAUUGCGGCGUUUCCGCUGGGAACAGCACUGCAAUUCAUUCUCAUCCUCAAAGGACAGGCAGUUGGCGGAGACAGUGUGUCAGAAGACGGAAGCAUGCUGAUGCUGCUGUACAGGCGGCCUGAAUUCAGACCCAUCAUGGAAUUUUUGAACAGCCUGCAGCGUGAUAGUGAUGUUCGUGGAGAGAAACCGGCAGCAACAUUUGAGGCCAGGGCGAAGCAGUGGGCUGGUUACACCAAGUCGGAAAGGUCAUGA